CGCUGGCGGCGGCGGCGGCGGCGACGGCGGCAGGGCUGUUUGUUCUGCUCUCCCGCAGCCGAGAAGCCGAAGCGGUGGCUGCGGCGGCGGCGGCGGCGGCGGCGGCUGCCGGCAGUGCCCGCGGGCGAGCGGGGCCUGUGAGCGCGGCGGAGCGGCGGGCGCGGCGGGCGGGCCCCGGCGCCGCGCAGGCAGCCCGAAGAGGAGGGGGCGGCGGCGGCGGCGGCGGGCGGCCGGCCGGCCGGCGGGGGCGGCGUGCGGCCUAGCGUCUCAGAGUGCCCAGUGAAGAAUGUGAUGGGAUCAGUAGCAUGUCUGCGGAGAGCGGCCCUGGGACGAGAUUGAGAAAUCUGCCAGUAAUGGGGGAUGGACUAGAAACUACCCAAAUGUCUACAACGCAGGCCCAGGCCCAACCCCAGCAAGCCAACACAGCCAGCACCAACCCCCCUCCCCCGGAGACUUCCAACCCCAACAAGCCCAAGAGGCAGACCAACCAACUGCAAUAUCUGCUCAAAGUGGUGCUCAAGACACUAUGGAAACACCAGUUUGCGUGGCCUUUCCAGCAGCCUGUGGAUGCCGUCAAGUUAAACCUCCCUGAUUACUAUAAGAUCAUUAAAACACCUAUGGAUAUGGGAACAAUAAAGAAGCGCUUGGAAAACAACUAUUACUGGAAUGCUCAGGAAUGUAUCCAGGACUUCAACACUAUGUUUACAAAUUGUUACAUCUACAACAAGCCUGGAGAUGACAUAGUCUUAAUGGCAGAAGCUCUGGAGAAGCUCUUCUUGCAAAAAAUCAACGAACUGCCCACGGAAGAAACUGAGAUCAUGAUAGUCCAGGCAAAAGGAAGAGGACGUGGGAGGAAAGAAACAGGGACAGCAAAACCUGGCGUCUCUACGGUACCAAACACAACGCAAGCAUCGACUCCUCCGCAGACCCAGACCCCUCAGCAGAAUCCUCCACCCGUGCAGGCCACACCUCACCCCUUCCCCGCUGUCACCCCAGACCUCAUCGUCCAGACCCCUGUCAUGACAGUGGUGCCUCCCCAGCCACUGCAGACACCCCCGCCGGUGCCCCCCCAGCCACUGCCCCCACCCGUGCCAGCCCCCCAGCCUGUGCAGAGCCACCCGCCCAUCAUCGCGGCUACCCCACAGCCUGUGAAGACAAAGAAGGGGGUUAAGAGGAAAGCGGACACCACCACCCCCACCACUAUCGACCCCAUUCACGAGCCACCCUCACUGCCCCCGGAGCCCAAGACCACCAAGCUGGGCCCCCGGCGGGAGAGCAGCCGGCCUGUUAAGCCCCCGAAGAAGGACGUGCCCGACUCGCAGCAGCAUCCAGCACCAGACAAGAGCAGCAAAGUCUCGGAGCAGCUCAAGUGCUGUAGUGGCAUCCUCAAGGAGAUGUUCGCCAAGAAGCAUGCGGCUUAUGCCUGGCCCUUCUACAAGCCCGUGGAUGUGGAGGCGCUGGGCCUGCAUGACUACUGUGACAUCAUCAAGCACCCCAUGGACAUGAGCACAAUCAAGUCUAAACUGGAGGCCCGUGAGUACCGUGAUGCUCAGGAAUUUGGUGCUGAUGUCCGAUUGAUGUUCUCCAACUGCUACAAGUACAACCCUCCUGACCAUGAGGUGGUGGCCAUGGCCCGCAAGCUCCAGGAUGUGUUUGAGAUGCGCUUUGCCAAGAUGCCGGAUGAGCCCGAGGAGCCUGUGGUGGCUGUGUCCUCCCCAGCGGUGCCACCACCCACCAAGGUUGUGGCCCCACCCUCAUCCAGUGACAGCAGCAGCGAUAGUUCCUCAGACAGUGACAGCUCCACUGAUGACUCCGAGGAGGAGCGAGCCCAACGACUGGCUGAGCUCCAGGAGCAGCUCAAAGCCGUGCACGAGCAGCUUGCAGCCCUUUCGCAGCCCCAGCAGAACAAACCAAAGAAAAAGGAGAAAGACAAAAAGGAAAAGAAAAAAGAAAAGCACAAAAAGAAAGAGGAAGUGGAGGAGAAUAAGAAAAGCAAAGCCAAGGAACUUCCUCCCAAAAAGACCAAGAAAAAUAAUAGCAGUAACAGCAACACAAGCAAGAAGGAGCCAGCACCCAUGAAGAGCAAGCCCCCUCCCACAUACGAGUCUGAGGAAGAGGACAAGUGCAAGCCGAUGUCGUAUGAAGAGAAGCGGCAGCUUAGCCUGGACAUCAACAAGCUUCCUGGUGAGAAGCUGGGCCGCGUGGUGCACAUCAUUCAGUCGAGGGAGCCCUCACUCAAGAACUCCAACCCUGACGAGAUUGAGAUUGACUUCGAGACCCUGAAGCCAUCCACCCUGCGUGAACUGGAGCGCUAUGUCACCUCCUGUUUGCGAAAGAAAAGGAAACCUCAAGCUGAGAAAGUUGAUGUGAUUGCUGGCUCCUCCAAGAUGAAGGGCUUCUCAUCCUCGGAGUCGGAGAGCACCAGCGAGUCCAGCUCCUCUGACAGCGAAGACUCCGAAACAGAGAUGGCUCCGAAGUCAAAAAAGAAGGGGCACCCCGGGAGGGAGCAGAAGAAGCACCAUCACCACCACCAUCAGCAGAUGCAGCAGGCCCCAGCUCCCGUGCCCCAGCAGCCCCCACCGCCUCCCCAGCAGCCCCCACCGCCGCCACCUCCGCAGCAGCAGCAGCAGCAGCAGCAGCCCCCACCCCCGCCCCCUCCACCCUCCAUGCCACAGCAGGCAGGCCCUGCGAUGAAGUCCUCGCCUCCACCCUUCAUCGCUGCCCAGGUGCCCGUCCUGGAACCCCAACUCCCAGGCAGUGUCUUCGACCCCAUUGGCCACUUCACCCAGCCCAUCCUGCACCUGCCGCAGCCCGAGCUGCCCCCUCACCUGCCCCAGCCUCCUGAGCACAGCACUCCGCCUCAUCUCAACCAGCACUCGGUGGUCUCUCCUCCAGCUUUGCACAAUGCGCUGCCUCAGCAGCCAUCACGGCCCAGUAACCGAGCUGCCGCCCUGCCCCCCAAGGCUGCCCGUCCCCCAGCUGUGUCACCUGCCCUGGCCCAGCCUCCCCUACUCCCACAGCCCCCCAUGGCCCAGCCCCCGCAAGUGCUGCUGCAGGAGGAUGAAGAUCCGCCUGCCCCACCCCUCACCUCCAUGCAGAUGCAGCUCUAUUUGCAGCAGCUGCAGAAGGUGCAGCCCCCCACACCACUACUCCCUUCCGUGAAGGUGCAGUCCCAGCCCCCACCUCCUCUGCCACCCCCUCCCCACCCCUCAGUGCAGCAGCAGCUACAGCAGCAGCAGCAGCCACCUCCACCACCGCCACAGCCACAGCCACCACCCCAGCAGCAGCACCAGCCCCCGCCACGGCCCGUGCAUAUGCAGCCCAUGCAGUUCCCCACGCAUAUCCAGCAGCCCGCGCCACCGCCAGGCCAGCAACCCCCUCACCCCACCACGGGCCAGCAACCACCCCCACCGCAGCCCGCCAAGCCUCAGCAAGUCAUCCAGCAUCACCCUUCGCCCCGGCACCACAAGUCAGACCCCUACUCAACUGGUCACCUUCGUGAAGCCCCGUCCCCGCUUAUGAUACAUUCCCCCCAGAUGCCACAGUUCCAGAGCCUGACCCACCAGUCGCCACCCCAGCAAAACGUCCAGCCUAAGAAGCAGGUAAAGGGCAGGGCUGGGCCACAGCCCCCAGGGAUGGGCGCAGGCUGGGGCCAGGGGCACCUGUCCACCUCACUGGCUGCCAUGCCUGUGCCAUCCCAGGAGCUACGUGCGGCCUCUGUGGUCCAGCCCCAGCCCCUGGUGGUGGUGAAGGAGGAGAAGAUCCACUCACCCAUCAUCCGUAGUGAGCCCUUCAGUCCCUCGCUGCGACCGGAGCCCCCCAAGCACCCGGAGAGCAUCAAGGCCCCCGUCCACCUGUCCCAGCGGCCUGAGAUGAAGCCUGUGGAUGUUGGGAGGCCUGUGAUUCGGCCCCCUGAGCAGAACGCACCCCCACCAGGGGCCCCUGACAAGGACAAACAGAAACAGGAGCCGAAGACGCCAGUUGCACCCAAAAAGGACCUAAAAAUCAAGAAUAUGGGCUCCUGGGCUAGCCUGGUGCAGAAGCAUCCCACCACCCCGUCCUCCACAGCCAAGUCGUCAAGUGACAGCUUCGAGCAGUUCCGCCGGGCGGCCCGGGAGAAGGAGGAGCGCGAAAAGGCCCUGAAGGCGCAGGCUGAGCACGCAGAGAAGGAGAAGGAGCGGCUGCGGCAGGAGCGCAUGAGGAGCCGAGAGGAUGAGGAUGCGCUGGAGCAGGCCCGGAGAGCCCACGAGGAGGCACGCCGGCGUCAGGAGCAGCAGCAGCAGCAGCAGCGACAAGAGCAGCAGCAGCAGCAGCAGCAACAACAAGCAGCUGCUGUAGCCGCCGCCGCCGCCGCCGCCCCCCAGGCCCGGAGCUCCCAGCCCCAGUCCAUGCUGGACCAGCAGAGGGAGUUGGCCCGAAAGCAGGAGCAGGAGCGAAGGCGCCGGGAAGCGAUGGCAGCUACCAUUGACAUGAAUUUCCAGAGUGAUCUAUUGUCAAUAUUUGAAGAAAAUCUUUUCUGAGAGCACCUAGAUGACUUCUGACUUUGAUUUCCUGGCAAAAUGUUGACUCUCCAUAGUGUUAGGGGCAGCAGUGGAGGCAGUAGCAGUGGCAAGGGGGUAUCUCCGGGCCUGGCUCUCCUGCAUGCUAAGCCUGGGGCAGGCCUGAUGGGCAGCUGAGGAUUGCAGAACCUGUCUGCCUUACAGCCAGCCGGAUGUCCCGCCACCCCGCACAGGACGUCGGCUCAGAGCACGCCUCACCACGAGCAAGUGCCGGCCAGACCCAAGCUCCAAGUCCCCGCGUAUGGGGCAGAGGCCCUUCUCUCUGCCAAAUGUCUACACAGUAUACACAGGACAUCGUUGCUGCCGCCACCGUGACUGGUUUACUGUCCCCAAGAGCGUGACGUUUGUGACGUCCUGCCCGCCGGGAGUCCUUCCCCACACCCCAGCUGUCGCUGCCCACGCCCAGGAGAUCAGGGCAGGCCUGCAAGAGCUGGAGGUGGCGAGGGCGCUGGCCCACCCCCUUGCUGGCACUGACUUUGCCUUGAACAGACCCCACCCCUCUCUUCCCCUCCCCCCACAAGCCUUUAAUCGAGAGCCGCUCUCUGUAAGUGUUCGCUUGUGCAAAAGGGAAUAGUGCCGUGGAGGUGUGUGUGUGUCCAUGGCAAUCUGGAGCGAGGUGACUGUCACACGCGUGUGUGUGGGCCAGCCUUGCCCUGCGAGUGAGGCCACCAACCAAAGUCAGUUCCUUCCCACCUGUGUUUCUGGUUUUUUUUUGUUUGUUUGUUUUUUCUAUAUAUAUAUAUUUUUUGUUGGAUUCUAUUUUAUUUUUAAUUCUCUUCUCCUCCAGACACAAUGGCACUGCUUAUCUCCAAAAUGGUGUGAUUGUCUCCUCAUUGAGCGGCGGCUGCCACCGCGCUGUGGGUAGUGUGUGACCGUGGCUGUACUGUGUAGUGAAACAUAGUUGGCAUAUCUUUGUUUGAAGUUUGUUGGUGACUCCACCAAACUGGUGUAAAAAAUCUCAAAAAAAAAAAAACCCACAAAAAAAAAAAACAAAACAAAACAUACAAAACACAAAAAAACUGCCUAUAUUUUACUCAGUUUCAAACUUUACUAGUCUAUUUUUAAUUAUAAAACCAGAAAGCUGCGUUUUCUUUUCCCUUUUUUUCUCCCCCCAUUCAUUGGCUUCUUUUUUGUUUUUUAACAUCAAAUCUGUUUUGAGGUUGUGUUUUUUUGUUUUUUGUUUUUUUUUAACCAGGAAAGGAAGGGUCAGGGGACGUGGCAGGCGCAAGGGGCCACAGACCACAGACUGAGGCAGAGGCUCCCCGCCUGGCGCUUGGCCCUACCAACCGGCUGCCCCUUCCCCAACUUUUUUUUAAUUUUAUAAUUGGAGCCCUUGGUGAGGUUACGCGUGCCAUGAGAACCCACUCUACACCACGACGCUGGUGCCUCAAUGUUGGCCAAACUCUGGAGUCACUGACUGGUUUGACUUUCAUACGGUGAAUAUGCAUUUGGUCUGUACUGAUCAUGGAAUAAACACAUCUCUCUUUUUUAA